AUGUUGAAAAGACGAUCUCAGUCGACAGAUAUAACACCUUUGGUGAACAGUGCAGUUGAGAAACUGCAGGAACUUGGUAUGGAAUGAAUGAUUGCUGCUAUAGAUCCAAAAUUAAUUGUCCAGUUCUUCUGCAGUUAUAGUAAUUUGUCUUCCAGUUCUAUUAAUUUUUUGUGAUUGAUGUAAAUAUUUAUGUUCCUAGGGCAUAAUGUCAAGACAAGCAAACACAGUGUUGAACCAGUGGAUACCUCUGGCUUGGAUAUUGUCAUUAAAGCCCUCAAAGACUUGGUAAGCUUUAAAGAGUUUUCGAAUUAUAGGUAGAACUACGAUCAUAGCUAGUCCUGAAGCUAAAGGUAUUGGGCAGGCUACCACUUUCUACCUCUUUUUCUUCUUCUUUCCCUGGCCCCGUUGUUCUGUUAUAUCUCAACACUGAAUAGAGGGGAUCGGGGAGUGUUUAGCAAAUUUAGGGAAAAGCAUCUCUUUUGGUAAACUGCAUGGAGUAAAGCAGUGAUGCUGUUAAGUUGUACGUUCAAAGUAGAUGGUGAACAUGCAGGCUCUGUAGCUAGUUUCACAUUACCCUUGAGUCGUGAGAGAUUCCUUGUAGGCUGUGGGUCAGGUUGUUCCCUUGUGACAGAGCAGCACCAGACUGGAUUAUGGUAUUUUUUGUUGAUGCCAUCUUCUCCAGAUGGAUCCUAAGGAUUUGGCUUGUUUCAAGAUUUUUAAUUGUUUUUACUUCCAAAUUCUGUAAAAAAAAUACCAUUCCAGACCUUUCAAAGUGGAUAGAAGUUUCAUGCACAACUAGGUUGAAGGGGCAGGGAUGCGGGUACUCCGGUGAAACUAUACCUAAAAUUCCUGAACAUCUCUGGGCUGACUAACCUAGUCUUGUCCUCAGUUGUCUCUCACUUAUCCCUACUCAAGGGAUUAGUGCCUAGGAGGUGCCAGCAUGCAAAGAAUGUCAUGCUAGCUGAUAGGUCAGGGCUAAUGGAUGUUCGGAUUGCUCUAGUGAAUUCUCUUCUUAAUUUGCUCAAGGGACAAGUGGACUUUUGUGGGGGAAUUCAAAUUACAGAUUAAAGGACUUUAAUCAGGAAAUUCAAAAUUCAUGUCAAUUUAAAGCUGUUUUUUCAAGGUAACCAGAUGAAGCCAAAUAAUUAUUAUUACAGUUUUAUUACAAUGAAUAACAAUAAAGCAAAUGAUUAUUAAUAGCUAAUGGUGUUAUAAUAAGUUAAUAAAUUAAUAAUAAUAAAUUAAUUAUUGGUCCUGCUCAUCAAAUUUUUUUGGUGGGGGGUGGGUGGGGGGGGGGACUAGCUUGAGUGACUUUUGGGCUAGUACAUGCUAGGUACAGCUUGCCCUUCAUCUGUAAAACUGACCCUAUGCACCAGCUGGAUCCAUGCAUGAGGGGUGAAGGGGAGGGGGAGAAUUAGAAGGAAGAGGCCUUCAGCUUUCUUCCCAUUAUCUUUAUUGACUUCUCGUGCUUGUCUUCCGAAACGACAUAUAAAUCUUAAGAGACAACUCGGAAUGAGGAAGACCCAUGCAAUCACCUUCAGUUCUACAGUUUAGAGGGGUUCACCAAUGCAUCUUUGACAGACAAACAAGGCUGAAAAUAUGGCUAUGACAACUGUCUGAGCUCAGUUUUCACAAAGGAUAACAGUGGCUUUUUCCAAGUUGCAGGAAGUUUAAGUGUCUAUAUUCAAAACAAUAUAGUAUGUUGUAGUUCAAAAUGAAGUUUAAGUCAAUAUGGUUUCAACCUAGAUCAAUUCUGAAUUUGCUUUGUUUCUUAACCCUGAUUAUACAUGAACGGGCUAGAAGAUAAGGGAAAUUGAGAAUCAACCCAAAUUAAAACCAUUUUAUCCUUUCAUUUUGACCCAGUGAGGGGAAACCUGGGAUGUUAUUUUUUUGGCUAAAAAUCUUGAUUGUUUCAGGAAACAGAGAGACUAAAAUUGCAUGAGUUGCUGGAGACAGAAACCAUUACAGCAAGUGUUCUACGCUACAAGUUGCAGUAUUUCCCAAGUGAUAUCAAGAAUGAAAUACAAGGUACACCGUUGAUGAGUAUAAUUUAUUUUUAUUUCUUUCUAGUGCUUAUUCAUGCCUUAUUCUGGGAACUAAGUGGAAUGCAAAAUAUUCUUUAGUUAUGGCAGCCUUAUGGGUGACCAUCAAGGAGAAUAUAUUUAUGCAGUAAAAUGGAGCUAGUAUAGUCUUUUUUAGAAGGUUUUAACUGGGCAGUUACUUCUGUCUUUACUAAAGCAUUGGUUCCAAAGAUCAAGCCUCCCACAGAUGGUCAGGACAAUUUUUUAGAUAUUGAAUGCUGGAAAACCUUGAUUGGGAACAAUGAACUAACAUGGGAAAAUUAUUGAUGAGGUAUUUGCCUGAAAAGAAAAAAUCUUACGAACACAAAUCUCAAAGGCUUUGUUAUGAUUACUCUUUAGCUGCUGUUUACUCAGCAAGACAAUCAAAUGAAGCAGAAAUCAAGAGAUUAAAAGUAAGUACAUUAAAAAGAAGUUGAAUUUUUCCAGGAGACAUGACUUGUAAAUUAAGCUUUUUUAAAUCUCGUCAUUUACGGAAAUUUGAUCUUGUUACCAAUUAUUACAAAAGGCCUAUUGUUUUCUCGUAGGAACCAAACCAACUGCUUGUUUAAAUAUUAUCAGGGUUUAUUCUAGCGCACGUCCUUGCAGGAUUUCCACAAUUUGGAAAAAAAUGCCACAUAAGAUUUGCGUUUGUGCGUCAAAUGGAGCACCAAAAAUGGACCCAAGGAUAAGUACUAUUUUUUUGAAAUAAAGAAUUCGAAAACAUCACUGACAACAACACUGAUUUGAUGGCUGCUCUAUAAACUUACUUUGAACUUUUAUAGCCUCGUACUCUCUCAGUUGCCUUUCUCUCCUUCGUUUGAGUCCUUAUUUCACCAGACAAACAUCCGGGAUUCUGUUGUAUUUCGAACCCAGGCUUUUUCAGUUGCCCAGAAUGUUCCAAAAUGGCGGCAAAGAGUCAAUAAAUGUUCGUUUUCUCACGGAACAGUCUGCACCAAUACCUUUUGGGGGACCCCCUUUCUUGGACCCCCUUUAGGGAAAAGGGCCCCCUAAAAUUACAGAAGGGGACCCAUUUGACCCUCAUUAGCCAAUUUCUAGAAUAAACCUUGUAUUAAUUAAGGACUAAAAAUUCCUUCAAAAUCCCAACUUGGGAUUGCACAGCAAAGAGAAAUUAGAUUAACCAUUAUUUUUGUUGCUGGGGUGUUUUAGACACAUCUGAACACAAUCAUCAAGAACAUUAAGUCCUUGGAGGAAAGGCAUCAAGACCUUGCAAAAGAAAAUGCAAAACUGGAGUAAGUUACUAGUAACUGUAUGUUGCAAUAAAAAAUACAGGGUCAACUUGCUCUCUAAAAGAGAGGUCAGUGGGACUCUUCUUUUCAGUGAGAUGUAAUUUUUAAAUUUAAUUCAAGUCAAAAUUUUUUAGCCUUCAUUUGAAGGUCAACUGAUUGUCAAUUUCCUUUAUCCCUUUGCCCUAAUUUCUGAAUAGUUUGGGCUAGGAGAGAAAGGUAUUAAAUCGAGAAUCAAUCCAGGUAAAAAGGUUUAACCUUAAUUUGACCUAUUAGUCAUGUGCACUUUGUAAAAAGUGUCUGUAAGUGAGGGUUGGUUGGGAGAGUUACCAAACUAUAAAAUGACAACAGAUGUUCAGAAAUAAAAACACAGGUGUCAUCACAAAACUUGAUAAAAAGUGCUAGUGUGGAAAUCAGACAAAAUUUAUGUAUUAAAUCAGUUUGAUAUAUCCGUGUUGCGGAAUUUUCUUUUUAGGCCUGAACGGAAUGAUAUGCAAACAGGGCAUGAUGAAAUCAUUGCGCUUCUCAAUCAAAAGAUGGCUGACAAGGCAAGGUAAGGGGUUUACAAUAUAAAUGUUCAAAAUCCACUGAGCAAGAAAAAAGAUUCACAGUCACCCAUGCAGGUUCUUAACAGUUUUCGUCUGAUUUUUAAGGCCAGUGUCUUGUUUUAUCAACUUGCCUUCAUACAUUAAGAUCCAAUGUCUUCUUGAGGCUGGACUUACAAUCUUGGACAGCAAACCCCCAUCCACCCCCCCCUGCACACCCCCACCCCCCCUCCAAAAAUCAUUUCCCAUCUUUUAUUUGGGGGAGAGGGGAGGUCUAGGUUUGCCAUUUAUUUUGUCCAAGAUUGUAGCCUGAUAUUUUGAUAUCAGCUUAGAAGGGGUCUUGUUUUCUAGGGUAGCUGCAAACGUGUUGCAAGUUUCACAGUUUAAGUGAUCAUUACCAUUGUUCACUCACUCACAUUCAUUGACUCACUCACAUUCAUUGAUAGAGUAUCUAGUUACAAACUCUUAGGGGUUAUUAUCUCUAAUGACCUCUCUUGGAAUGAACACUGUGACAGUAUCCAUAAAAAAGCUACUAAGCGAUUGUUUGUGCUGCGGACCCUCAAGAGAGUUGGACUGGGCACUAACGAUCUCGUGUUAGUCUACUGUAGUAUUGUUAGAUCCAUUGUUGAGUACGCCUCGCCAGUUUGGGCUGCGAUCCCUUUAUAUCUUGAUGAGUUAAUUGAGUCUGUACAGUGGAAAGCCCUCAAAAUAAUAUUUGGCCGGGUAGACUAUGCGGAAGCCUUGGUCUUGGCCGGCCUGGAGUCUCUUAGUGACAGGAGAGUAGGAGCUUGNAAAUUAUGUGAAUAGUUUUAAAGAUGUUUUGUUUCGUUGAAAAACCCCCCCCCCCACAUACUAACUUUUGCGGCAGAGGGGGAAAAAAAAAAAAAAAACUAUCCCCACUUUGUUUUAUAUGAGGGGGGGGGGGGGGGGAGGGGAAGACCUGUUAUACUGUCUCAUUACUCUUACACCUGCACUUUACAAGAAUCACUUCACUUAUCCUCCAUGAAAACCCUUAAUCAACCCACCUAACACAUCAUCACUACCAGUACUAACAAACAAUUCUCUAUUACUACACUUUUACUUACUUCACUGUGAAGCAUUUUCUCCUGUAUCUGACUUCUUGUACUACUGUACACUGUAUGCAUGUCCUCUCUAGCCUUUGUCAGCUUUCAAUGCAAUAUAGUACCCUCCUAUUAAUGAUGACUAUGGGUGCUUACCAGCAUUAACCAUCUGGCUGGAAAUCUUGUGCAUGAACAUUUAACAAAUAAAUUAAUUUAAAGUUACAAUUGGGAUGAGUAUGGUAUACCCGCAACAUGUUAUAUCCAAAUCAGCUGGAAAGAUGAAAAAGAGUAGAAAGCUUGUAAUCUCAUGCAUCAAAUCACACCCCAUAUUUUUUGAAGCUUUGGAAUGGUGCUGAUCCACUCUUGGGAAAGAAUUUUUACUUGACAUUUAUUCCUUAUUUCAUCUUUUUUCUUAUCUAUCCAGCAAGCAAAUAACUCUUAAUGAGACUCGUGACAAACUCAGAGAGACGUACAAACGGGUAAGAUGAUUAUAGGACUGAAAAAUAAUCAUGAUUUAAAAACAAAAAGUAUCAUUUUAAAUUGUGUUUUUUUUCAGUCAGUUUUUGUAUGAGAAUUAACUGAAAAGUAGCUUGUGGUGCCUACUUUUAUACCACCAUGCUAUGACUGGAUCUUUCGUCUUAUUUCCAAUGAAUAAAUAAAUAAAAUAAUAUUGUCUUGAAUGGACAUCCAAACUCAGCAGUAAUAAAAAUUACUGUAGGACUUUCUUCCUUAAUUUUAAAGACUCAUAAAAUUGGAUGAAAGAAUGAACUUCAAAUUUCAUCAACACAGAUAAUUGAGCUGGAAGACUCUAUUGUUCAACUGAAAGAAGAUUUGGUUCAUGAACGAGAGGAAGCACGGUUGGAGAAAGAGAAGCUGAAACAGUCUGUGGUAAGAAUUUGUCAGGACCAUGUUUCAUGUAUACUUGUAUGUAUGAUUUAUGUUGUGAGCCAUGGUGAUUACAUGACUUGUAUAAAGUUCAUGGCCAUCCCUUAGAAGACCCGUCCUUCCACCCAUAGAUAAAGACCUUAUUUAGCCUGUGUCAAAAUGCUGUCCCCCUUUUACUAAGCCCGCCGAAAUUUACCUGACUCCAAAACCCUUAAUGCCACUAUCUUUAUUGAGACAUUUUGUCCAAGUUGUUGUACAUGGUUUCAAGUUUGUCAAACCAGUCUAAUCAUAUUUUUAUUUAUGAUACAUUUUGCCAUAAUCUGAGACAAAUGAAAACAAACAAUGGACUAGUAUGAAAAUUUCAAUGGCAAAAAAAAUUGAGCAACAACAAUGCAUAAUGAUAGAUGCCCACACGCACGAAUGUAAGUGUUAACAACAUUAAAUUCUAGUUUAGAUUUCUCAGCUUCAGUGUACAGAAAUAUUUUGUUUUUUUUUUUAGGCUGAUACCCAGAAAAAAGCUGAGGAGCAGAGGAAGACAAACAUAGAAAAGAGAAAGUAAUUACCUCUAGAUAAUUAUUAUUACACAUAUAUAGAUCAAAUUUAAAAGGAAAAGGAAAAUUUGCUGGGGGAUUACAGGGUAUUUCUGCUUUGAUAUUUUUUAAUGUAUUUACUAACAUUGUUAUAAAAAUUAUUUACUGUCAGUGUACAUUUACUUACCAUAAGUAGGCUCAUUAACAGAACAAUGCAGAAUAGCAUGAACCAAACAUUAAGAAACUACCAAGUGAUUGGAUGCUGACCAAAGUCCCAAGGGAGUUGACUGUAAUUGUAUUGAGCCUGCAAAAGUCCUCAAUUGGUGCAUCUAGUGAUCUGCGUAGCCUGUGACUUUUUUUUCUGUUCAACAGAACUUAAGUUGGUCUUAACAUUUGAGUCUCAUUUGUCUGAUCAGCUUAUGUCAAUUACAUUUUAUACUGGAGGUAGAUAGUCAAGGUUUAAUGCCACCAUCUUGAUGGUGAGAGUGGAAACCCAUGCCUUGUAAAAGUUUUAAGCAGAACUGAAAAAGUUCUUAAGAGACAAAUAUUUUAGUUUGUAACAUUUUCAUUUUAGUCUGAAAGUCGUUAGCCUUUGUAUUUUCAUGAUAGUUAAAUCUUUUAGUCUGACUGUAAUAUUUUUCACUUAGCCUUUUUAGGGUUUAAACUUUUUCACCUUUAGCAUUUUAUAUUUGAUUGUAAUUAGUAGUUUUAAUAUUAUUUAAUCUUAGUCAGUGGACUUCCCUGAAAACCACUUAAUAUGAUGGGAGCCUCCUCUAUAAAGAUUAUUUAUUAUUAUCAUUAUUAUUAUUAUUAUUAUUAUUAUUAUUAUUAUUAUUAUUAUUGUUGUUGUUGUUGGUGCUUGGGUGCAGGGAAAGUGGAAGGUGGGAUUUUAAGUUGUGUUAUGUACUAUUCAUUCCUCACCUGCAGCCACUAACCUCUCAAACUUGGUAGACUGCAGUCAUUAUCAGAUGACACUCAGAUAACUUUGAAGUAGAAAGAUGUAGAGAAAUAUAAUAUAUUGUUUUUCUUCUCCAAAUUCUAGUUUAAGUGCAUGCUUAUUGGUUAUAUAAAUUUCUAAAUAAUGUGCCCAACACUUGUAGCCCAAAACAUCCUUGUAAAACUCUACAGUUGAGUUGUGUUUCUUUCCUGCAGGGAGAUUGAUAAAUUACAAGAAGAGUUGGUUGACAGUGAAUCAAUUUUGGACUCAAAGAGAAAGGUACUGGCACGUACAACCUUUAAGACUUACUAUUUACAUUAGUCAGGUAAUGGUAUAUGUAUUUGCUUAAAUUAAAAUGUAUUUUUAAUGUCUGUGAAGAGUUGUGACACUUAUCAUUACUUAACAAUGUUUAUAAAUUAAAAAGGUUAACAUUGUCAUACUCAAAAGAAUGCCACUAACAGUUUUGUUCUAGUGUUAUGUAAUUGUGACUUUUAUGUGCCAGUAAGUUUUAAAAUAAUCCUCUGUAGUAUACAUUCAAGUGAAAUGUUUUUGUUUGAUCAAUUUUACUGACAUGGGCUAUUUGGGACAUCGGUUGGGACAGAAUAAAGUAUUCUCAGUGUUUCUGUUUAUUUCUAGGUUAUAAGAAAGUUUGAAACUUCUCGUAAUAGACUGGAAGCUCAAGAAGUUCAACUGAACAGACAACUUCUGAAGGAGAUCAAAGAUAAUUCCAAUUUAACACAAGAAGGGUGAGUUGUCAAACUUUUGUAUCCACAUGUAAAGCCCUAUGUGUGCAAACGCAUGCAACAUUGUUGACCAACAACUCCCAACAUUAUUGAAUGUUACAUGUUCUGUCUGUUUGCACAUUUUGUUGCAUGUUGUUGCGCAAAGUUUGAAACUGGUCAAACUUUUGAGCCAACAACUCCCAACAUUUCUUUUGUUCUGUGAUCGCUGAAGCGUAGUACAACAAUGUUGGAUCCAUUUGCACAGCUCUUGCAACAUUGUUGGUGCCAUGCCUGCACAUUACACAUGAUCUCCAAAGUCUCAUGGGUUGUAUCAUUCCCACAAUGCACUGCAGGUUUCAACAUUGUUGGGAGUUAUUUAUUGCAUCUGUUUUCACACCACUACCCACAUUGUUAGCCCAACAGUAUUGGGAGUUGUUGUGUCAGUUUGCACAUAGCUUAACGCUUACUCAAAGAAACAUUAUUCACUAAUGAAUCUAGUGCUAAAACAUGAAUAAGAACACCACGCAAAACUGGGGGGAUCUUAAACAUAAAGCUCCCAGUGGAAAUGGUGGAGCUUUGAACUUUAGGAAGUACUAAUUUUUGAGUCUGGAUGAAAUCCUGUGGUGUGGCAAUUCAAAUGAAACCUCUUUCACAGUUGCUUCACACGGUUCCAUCCAAACCUACACCAUGGAGAGUCAUAAUAAUUUUCCAGGGGAGGAGGGUGUCAAAGGGCAAAUUUUAAAAAGGGCUAUAUUUUACUGGAAGAUGUAGAGUGCCAUGGAGGGGAGUGACGUGUCAAACCAGUAAAACUGCAUGGGGGGGGGGGGGGUUUUUGAUGGGUUUUUUUCAAGGGAAACACUUUCCAAAAGGGGAGGCUUGGCCUAAGUACAACGGAAAAAAAUGGUUUUUAGGUGGGACACCAUCAGGCAUUUAACCUUUUUGGGUUGUGUUUUGUUGGUUUAUUAGGAUAGAAAGUAAAAGUUUUUGGAAGUUUACCUCCCGCAGCUCGCCACGAACCCACCCCGAACAAAAACGAAAGGGGGGAAAAUAAAGAGGAGUGGGGGGGGGAGGAGGGAAGAAAGAAGAAAUAUAAAAAGGUGUUUUUUUGUUGGGGGGGGGGUGGGGGGGGGGGGGGGGGGGGGUAGCAGCAAAACGAGGAGGGGGGGGGGGGGGGGGGGGGGAUUAUGCAUGGAUAUUUUCUAGAGUAACACAUUACCAUAAGGGAUCGCUUGGCCUAAGUCACACGUGAAACAUGUGUUUUGAGGUUGCACACAUCAUGAACUUAAACUUUUUGGUCAUGUAUUUGUUGAGUUAUAUAGAUGCAAAGUGCAAAGUUUUCAGAAGUUUGAGGUUCGUCAAGAAGUGUGUGAUCUGUUAUGAAUUUUAAACAAGGAAAUCUCUUUUGAAUUUCAUCAUUAUAGGAUGAAAAUUGUCAAGGAGCACAAUGAAAUGACUGAGGGAUUGGAAGCCAAAAAGCGGGCGCUGUUGGCACAGCUAGAAAUGGUAUUUGUAUUUUUAUUUACUCCAUUCUUUAUAUAAAAAAAAUACAUCAGGCUCCAGUUUUUCAAAAGUUGGAUAGCACUAUCCAUUGGACAAAUCACUAUCCAGUGGACAAGUAUUACAAAAACUGAUUGUGUUAUGUGCUCGAUAUUUUGUACAAUAUUAAUUAUUAAUAGAAGGUGUUUAGACAGAAAAAAACUACAUGUAUGUAAGGUUAGCAAGAAAAUUAAGAAUGGAGAAGGACACAGUAUAGUAAAACUAAUUAUAACCGUUUAACACAACACUACGUCGCUUCAAAAGAUGCGGUCAUCACCAUUACUGACCAGUGACCAUUGUAUGGUAUGAUCAUGAAAUGGUUUGAAGGCUGCAGAAAAUAACUGGAUCAUUAAAAGGAUUAACUAUUUGUGCACUGACAUGUAAGCUACGAAAUAAAAUGAUAAAAUAAUUAACAUUCAAUAUAAUUUUCAAUGAUUCAUGUUAAUGAUGUAUAUGUUACAAUUCAAAUUUGAUUUCAGGUUAAAAAUUUUUAACCUUGGUUAAUUCUUAAUUUUCUUUAUCUUUUAGGGCUAGGAGACAUUAAAAAUUGAGAAUCAACCUAGGUUAAAUGAAAAUUAACCUGAAAUCAAAUUUGACCUGUAACAUAUAUAAACUAUUUAUGUAUGUAACACACAGUGUAUGCUUUCCCUUUUUUAACAAAAAUGGAAUGAGACUGUCUUUUUUCACUAGCUCCAGACAAAUCUGAAAGAAGCAGAAGAACAAGAAAAACAGCUAAGUUUUGAAAAGAAAUCCCUGCAAAAAGGUUUACAUUGUCUUUUAAUAAAGAUUAUAAUGUCCUAUUGGUCCAUUAGGGAAAAGCAAUUGGACUUCAGGAUACAACUCCUUACUUCCUGUUACACCUAGCAACAGUUAGUUAGAAAUAUAUGGCUGAGUCUGCAAGCGGGCAAGAUGAAGCGAAUCUUUUGUUCUGAUUGGCUACUCAAGUGGGCAAAAAGGGUUAUCUUCCCCGGGGGGAAUGUGCUGGGUAUGUGCUGCUGGCCUCUCAGAACCUCUACCCCAUCUUAGUCUAUCCUGUGGCCAAAUAUAGACCCCAUCUUAGUCACUUUUGGGAAAAUGUCAUUUUCACGAUCCCAACCUUGUAACUUUCUUUUUUUGCAUCUAACUUAUAAAGCCUUUUAACUAGGUCAUCCUGAUUUGUUUUUUCACAUUGGUUAAGUUAAAUGAAGUAAAGAUCUUCCCAUUUUUAAAUCCCUACCUACCUGAAUUUUCUGAUCCCCCUUAAUCCCGAAAAUGUGCGAUCCCAUUCUGGUAACUCUAAUGAAAAUACAGCCCCAUUGUAGUCAAUCCAGUCUCGAAAGUGCGACCCCAUCCAGUGGCGCAUCCCCGUAAGCCGAUUACAAGGAAGUACCUCCCCUACCCGGGGUCUAUCUUGCGUGCUAGAGAUUUCCCACAUCGCUGGAUAUUGGCUUCUCCUAUUUGUGUUUUUGUUGACCUUGACUUUUUCUCGGUCGAUAAAAACGAAAAAAAGUACUCGGCUAAUAUCCAGCCAACUUGACCUCAUGUCCAUAUCUUCAUCAAGAGCGUACAAUCAAAGCUAUCCUUGCGACAACUCUCAUCAGUGACCAGCUCUAUUUACGGCCACCUUUAUGAAACCCCUGUUUGAACGAUGACUUAAGCUUUGUGAUGAAAAGCUCCCGUAAGUGAUCGCGACCUCUUUUGGGAUUACCCAACUGGACUUUUCCUUUGUUUGUAAGCUCUUGUAAGCAACCAUUCAACUCAUUCUUGCACUAACAUUUGGACUUGGGGUUAUUUUUUGUCUACAAAAUUGGACGUAAAGUUUAGCCUUGUCUAUAUCAGAUAUAAAGACACUCGUUAUACAUUGUCAAAGUUCUUUUGUUUUUCCAUUAUAAAUUAUUAAUUAGUUUCUGCUCAGGCGUCCCAAGCUCACAUUACGAGUGUGUUUAUGGUUUCUAAAGCUUUCAUAAGCGACCACCCUCUAUCAUUUCAAGAUACGGUCCCUUACAUACAAGAGCUCACUCUUGUAAGCGACCAGCUCUGGUUUCAACCGCUUUCUUGAAUUUCCGAGGAGGUCGCUUACGAGAGCUUCAACUGUAUUUGAAAUCCCUAGUCUGAGUUCUGUAGAAUAAACCAGUGACUGCAUGGGGCCCAGACUGUGUAUAUUGCUUUUCAUCGAGUUUCCUUGCCCUCUGGUUUUGUUUGUUUGUUUGUUUAUUGAUCUGGGUUUGUUUGCUUUGGACAUUCUCUGAUUAAGGUUAUCUCCUUAUUUUCUUAUUUUUAUUUCUAGAUCUGGAGACUGCUAUUGAACUUCAGGAACAAGAUGCUGGGGUUGUUCGACAACAUGAAAGAAUGUAAGCACCACCCCACUAAUUAGGGCUUUUAGGAAGUUAGUCCUUUGUUAAAAGACUAAAGCAUUUCCCUUUCUUGAUCAUUUUAUAAACUGUCGUAACUUUUUCUAUUGAUUAUGUAUUGAUAUAAGAAUACUGAUGUUGGUCACUCUUUGAGUUUAAAGGGUUAUUCAGACAACCCAUUUUUCAUAAAAUUGGAACUUUAUUGAGGCUGCAAGGAUUUUAGAAUCAUAUUCAAAAAUUGCAAGGAAGUCUUUGAAUUGGGGCGGUGGGAGGGGGUAGGCGUAUGUUUUAUUAGAAAAUGUAGUUAAGAUUUUUCCACAGCUGCGCAUUAAACUAAGACCACUUGUUUUUGGUCAAAGUUAAUAUGGCCUUGGCUCCCACCAGUCGUCAGAAGGUCAUAGAGAUUUAUCCGAUUUUCCUGAGGGGAGGGGAGGGGGGAGUCUGUGCAUAGGCUAUCCUGCUGGGAGCACUUGGAUUUCUUUUUUCAGGUUUGGCAACUNCUUUCUUGAAUUUCCGAGGAGGUCGCUUACGAGAGCUUCAACUGUAUUUGAAAUCCCUAGUCUGAGUUCUGUAGAAUAAACCAGUGACUGCAUGGGGCCCAGACUGUGUAUAUUGCUUUUCAUCGAGUUUCCUUGCCCUCUGGUUUUGUUUGUUUGUUUGUUUAUUGAUCUGGGUUUGUUUGCUUUGGACAUUCUCUGAUUAAGGUUAUCUCCUUAUUUUCUUAUUUUUAUUUCUAGAUCUGGAGACUGCUAUUGAACUUCAGGAACAAGAUGCUGGGGUUGUUCGACAACAUGAAAGAAUGUAAGCACCACCCCACUAAUUAGGGCUUUUAGGAAGUUAGUCCUUUGUUAAAAGACUAAAGCAUUUCCCUUUCUUGAUCAUUUUAUAAACUGUCGUAACUUUUUCUAUUGAUUAUGUAUUGAUAUAAGAAUACUGAUGUUGGUCACUCUUUGAGUUUAAAGGGUUAUUCAGACAACCCAUUUUUCAUAAAAUUGGAACUUUAUUGAGGCUGCAAGGAUUUUAGAAUCAUAUUCAAAAAUUGCAAGGAAGUCUUUGAAUUGGGGCGGUGGGAGGGGGUAGGCGUAUGUUUUAUUAGAAAAUGUAGUUAAGAUUUUUCCACAGCUGCGCAUUAAACUAAGACCACUUGUUUUUGGUCAAAGUUAAUAUGGCCUUGGCUCCCACCAGUCGUCAGAAGGUCAUAGAGAUUUAUCCGAUUUUCCUGAGGGGAGGGGAGGGGGGAGUCUGUGCAUAGGCUAUCCUGCUGGGAGCACUUGGAUUUCUUUUUUCAGGUUUGGCAACUCAAAUGUGUCAACCUUGUUGCAGGGAGGAGUUUAACUUCGGUCUUGGGUUGGGAGUCAAGGGCCGUGCAUGAAUGAUUUGCCAGAGAUAUAGCCGACUUUUCACUAGUGACACGUCAUCAGUAUGGAAUUUCUGCGCUUGUUCCUCGGACGUCAUUUCUCGUGGAAACUAGCAGCCUCCCACGAAGACGUUCUUAGGGGUUCGUCACGCGGGGCACGAACUCGUGCGCCUGCGUGGGAGGCUAGGAAACCAGUCUUGUCGUCGUGAAAUGUGGACUGUUUUCUUAGGCUAGUGAAUGAUGUGAAUUAAACGAGUUACAGCGUUUUCAUAUCAUUUCCAACUGUCUGAAUUCAAUGCAUGCCUCUCCUGCCUUAAAUCUUUAGACUUAAGAGAGCAAAGGAAUCUUUACAUCGUCAGAAUGAAGAGUGCGCCCGAAUAAGAUCUGAAAACAUGGAAAUGGAAGACGAGAUGGGGCAGCUAGAGGAAAUCCACAGGUAAAAGAUAAAAACGUUUAUUUUACUGGUCGAAUAGCAUGUUCCUUAGACUAACCAAUACCAUUAGAAGUGAAUGUUACAAAAUUGCCUAGCGCUCACUGCUUCCUAGCUAGUCAGCCGCUUGCACUUUCGUAAGUGUUUAUUUUUACUUAUAGGUUUACGAAGCCUGCAGAACAAGCGUUACUUUUUCGCGUUUUCAGGCGAUUGAAGGCACACUUAAGGCAAGCGGGAAUGAGAGUUGAGCUCGAGACGCGCGCGACGAAAGAAAGGAUCCUGUUUUGCGCUUACCUCCUCGCGCGUGUCUGGCGCUCCGCGCACGCCCCGCGCUAGCAAAAAAUUGAAUAAACACACUCAGCUUGUAUUGAGUUUGAGGUCUCAUUUUAAACCCGUGGGUCUAGUAACGGGAUUGGGAAAUAGUAUUCAGUUUUGCUGGCGAUGGGAUAGCCUGCGUAGACAGCCGUCUCUCUUUACUCCACGCCGCUAGGGACCUCUCGCCAGGGGGAAUUUGUGCAGGCGAAACAUUUCGCCAGGGGCGGAAUUUGUACAGGCGAAACUUCCCCAGCGGCGAGGAGCGAGGAGCCUGAUCCGGCUGUUUCCGCAGGCUGGUGAUGGGAUUUUUGGAAUUCAUUUACAAAACAUUCAUGCACUAGAGAGAUACGUCGGUGGGGGCGUAGUAUUUCUUUAGGAUAGAUUAUCAAAACGUCAAAGAGAAAACACAAUCUUAUAAUUUGUGUGUUAUCGUUCCCUAUAUUGGUCUUUUUUUCAGGGCAACUGUGGAUGUGUUCACUAAAGAAAUCGAGGCUUCUAAAACAUCUUUGUCGUCUGAAAGAAAGGACAGGUGAGUAUUGCUUAAAAUAAGCCGCCCCUCUCUAAUAAGCCCUCCCCUCCUCGGGCACGUCUUGUUAUCCUUAAGUAAUAAAUGAUAGACUGUAUAAAUCAAUCACGACCGUAAAAAUUCGUGUGGGCUGAUCCGGGAUGGUUUAUUCACCAACUGGAAGAUCGAAUUUAUUUUUGAUCCUCGGCUGCAUGACCUCCAACUUCUUGUACUUGAACUUUCCUACUUUGUAUUCUAGUUGUUUAUGGAGAACUGAUACUGUCUUCUUUGCUAAAUUAAAUAAGCCUCCCGUCUCUAUUAAGCCCCCCCCCCUUUGAAAUGAUAAGCCCCCCCCCUUCAAUAGAGGUAUACUUGCUGAGUGCCCUAUAUCCUCAUGUACAGUAGCUCUUCAUCUUAACGCAAAUCUGUGGAAAAUAAGAUGUCGGUAUUUCUUUUUCUGUAGGCAAACCUUGCAGAGUAAACGUGACAACGUAACAAAGGAAGUAAACGAGUUUAAGAGUGAUUAUGGACGAUAUAUGGCAACAAUGUCGAAGAAAGUAACUGAAGGAAAAGCUGAACAUGCGAGACUAACAGAAUAUGUAAGUGUUAAAAGUAAUUCGUUACUAUAA